AUGAUAUGGGCUGUUGAAUGUGAUCAACGUUACAUACUCUGCAAAGGUCCACUUCCUCUAGAUAUCGAAUUUGACUUGCAGGAUUUGUUUCGUGAUUUACGUCCAAACAUGACUCGUUAUUCCACCAUUGAAGAAGAUGAUACUGCUCUGGUUCACCUGGAGGAACAUGAACGGUCAGGUGAGAAGCACCACACAGAGCAGGAAAAGCCAAGAAGCAUGUCGGGCAGCUCCUCCACUGUCAAUGGUCAGGUUGUUGUUGCAAAUGCACCAUGGAUCCAGAAGAUUGCAGGACAACAUGUUCGUGUUGAUUCUGUUUUUGCAUUGCGUUCUUUUGUUGAAUCCUGCGAAGAUUUUUUUUCAAGCUAAUGGAUGAAGUUGAAAAUGCAAGUCUGGUGUUUACACUUGAGACAAUUGUUGACAAGUUUGGAGAGGAGAUGGCACCCUAUGCUAUUGGCUUGUGCCAGAGUCUGGUGAUGUGUUUUUCCAAUUUGAAAUAUGAAGUUGCUCCACCCCAUUAUAACUUUAACAAAUAUUGAUGUGAAUUUAGGUUGCUGCAUUUUGGAAGUGUAUCAAUAGCAACCUACUUUUAGUGAUUUGUUUAGUAUAUCAAACUUUCAUCUCUUCCUACUGCUACAACAUUGAAAACAAAAACAAAAUCACAUUUUCAUUGUUUUAGUUGGAUAUAUUUUAGCUCCCAAGAUUUUAGGAGGUUAUCAAUUUGUUUUCUACAAUUAUAACGUUUUUUUAAUAAUUUUCAAAUCUUGAAAUGAUUUGUUUAACCCUUAAAACACAAAAGAAUAUGAUAUGAAAUUACCCUCUGUUCAAGCUUAACCUUCUUUCCUUCCCCAAGAAUCUCCUGUAAAGUGUGAAACUUUACACAUACAACAUCAGAACACUUCAUGUUGAAGUUGCAAGAAACAAAGAAAUCGAAGCAUCACUUGUGGUCUAAUUCAGAUUCUGUGACAAAAAGAGUCCUAGGGGUAUUUUUGAAAUAUUUGUUUUUUCUAACUUUUAUGUAUAGUCCCAGGGGCUACAAAAGGUGUUGGUGUUAGUGAUGAAAGACAAGGUUCAUAUUCAAAAAGUGUUGUAGAGCUAACAAAUGGUUCUUGCAGCAUUAUCAGCAAGAUGCAGUAAAGACUUGGAG